CAUCCUGUUUCACCCCAAGCAUCGCCGACUCAAGCCUCGUUCUCCACGGCAAUCGACUCCGCUUGGUCGAAUUACAUACAGAGGACACCACUUUCGAGGUCAUCAGACCUAAUCUCGUUCUAGGACGGCCGUCCCGACUUGGGCCUGGCCGUGGCUCGUGGCAGCCUCAUGCAGGUAGACCGCACAAUCGAAAUCCGAGGGGACGAGAGGGUAGUGAGACAGCAGCGGAAGCACAGCCGCGGGAUACUGCUAAUCAGCCAGCUGUUGAGAAAGGGUACCACCGAGGCAGCUGGAAAACCCGUGCAAUCUGUGGUUGCUGAUGAAGUUGAGCUCCUCGAAAAGGGUAGAGAGCAUGUUGAAGGCAUCCGAGAGAGAGCAUCGAAACGCGGGAAACGACAGCCUGCUGCUGCUGCUGCUGCUUCAUCUGCUGCGGCGAAGAAGGCGAAGCGCGAGGGGGCGGACGCAGCUCUCUCCGACCCUCUAGCAUUGGCUCAUGAUGGCGGGACUAGAAGCGGUGCUACCCCAGAGACUUCGCGGGAGGAAGCGGUUGCGGAGGAGCGUCGCUCUAGCGCGAUGGAUUUGAUGCAGAACGACCCCGUGUUGAUGGAGCGAGUACGGGCCAUGCUGGAUGCUGGCGCGGCAGAGCAGGCAGCAGCUAACGUGGCUGCGAUCGACGCGGCCAACACUCGUGCACUCCGCGCGUCGUUGCAAGCGCUGAAGCAGCACUGCAACAGCUCGAUGGGGUGGACCACUUACCAGACAGCGCUCGCUGUAGCAGCCGGAGCGGGAGAGCACACGUGUACUGACACGAACGUGUGCCACCCCGGCCAGCGGUGCAAGCCCGUUGAGUCUGGCGGAGUGAGCCUUGCCGAGCGAGCCAACAGUCUCGGCAUUCGGCACGAGACUUUCAGCGACGCACGGCGGCGGAUGCACAACACGAACCACGACAUCGCCCCCAAGAUCGCUGCGAGUGAGGGAUGCUACGUGUACAACGAGCGCAAGACACGGAGUGACGUGACGAAUCCCGAGAACAGAGGAGGAGCAGGGGGAGGUGCAGGAUACCUGUAGUCUUGUGUGGGCUACUAGUGUGGGGGUGCAGACAGACGAUUUUGUGGUGGGAGCGGCCGGAGACAAGUUGUUGACGACUAGGAAGUGGGCGGUAGACGAGUUCAGGGCGAGGAAAUGGGCUGCCCCCAAGAAGUUCACCAGAUCUUGGAAGUUGCGGGUUCGGGGCGCAUCGUGCUACUGCUCGACUUGCCGAAUAGGCUGCUAGGAUUACUGCAUGGUAGCGAAGAUGUACCCCGACUUGGUUGGCGAGGUGAUGGAGAAGUCGGGAAAAGAGAUGGUUGGGAGACGCACGCUUGGGACUCAAUUGACCGGCGUUAUUCUUCCGGUCAUAUCUUCGGACGAGUCCCCAGUGGCGCCUACGCUUGACCAGAGCAUGGGGGA